AUGUCAAACUAUGAAUGCAGUCUUCAAGGUAUCAUCAUUGGACAAGCACAGAAAGAAAAGUUUAUGCAACGUCUUGUUGGCCUUUGCGGAAACGAUUCAAUGGUAGACCUGUUUGAACACGAACUCGUUUUUAUCCCUUCCACACAAACCCCAGUUGGGCCUGCUCGUAACGAUGAUGUGGUGCUUCGACUUCAAUCCAAAAUCCACAACGAAAAAGAAUACAGCAUGAAAUACAGACAAUGGUUUCUGUGUUUACAAGGCAACCCUGAACCACAGCGCGCAAGAACAGUUACAGUGCGUCCUAUUUCUCGUGUGCAAUUGUCUGGAGAUAUCUUUCGAUUUAUGAAAUCACUAGGCUAUAGUUUUGCGUUUGACGUUGUGCGAAAGGGAUAUUUGUUGGCUUAUGACAAAGUCUUGAAGAUUACAGUUACUCAACUUUACAAGUGCAAGAAAAUUAAGGUGGAAUCAGCAGUACCGAUAGCACAGGAAGAGACUUGGAUUAUUGAAGUAGCAUGCACAGCUGUACCUCAAGAGCAAGUGAAUCAAAUGGCUGAACAUUUGAACAAAUUCAAGAAUUUACUCAUUGGUGUGGUCGACCUUGAAUAUGUGGAUACAAGGGCUUUACAGAAUAGAAUUCCUUACACAAGCUAA